GGGAGGGGGCGGUUGCACCAUUGGGGAAGAGGAGAGAGAGAGAGGGCGAUACCGAGCACCAGUGGCAGGCAAACACACCCGUCAGCCGCGUGCAGAGGAGAGAGAAAAAGGCAGCACUGACAAAAGAAACAUGGAUGCAUUAGAGAAGUAUCCAGUCAAACAGAUAACGGAAUGGAUGUGCCGUUCUUCUUGCACCUAACGGGGAACGAAUUAGCCUAUUUUAAUGCGGUGGUGCGAGGCGAGGUAUUGCAAGCUAAAAAGGCGGAAAGCAGUAUUUAAUCCGUCUGCGGAUCCCAUGAGCUUGCAAUGGCUGUUAUGGGGAUAUGUAGCUGUAUAGGAAACAAUGUGGCUCUUUCUUUUGUUGUAUUAUUCUUAUUGUGUGGCCUUUCACUUGGACAACUACGGUACUCUAUUCAGGAGGAAUUAGAAAAUGGAGCGGAGGUGGGGGAUCUUGUGCAGGACUUGGGGUUGGAUAUUCGAAAGCUCUCCAAUCGAAAGAUAAAGGUAACCACCAGUGGAAAACGGUAUGUGGAUGUCAAUCCCCAAAAUGGGAAAUUACUUGUCAAUGAAAGAAUCGACAGAGAGACGCUGUGUGAUUUGAGCAGCACCUGUCUUAUACAUUUAGAGGUGCUUGUUGAAAACCCAUCCGAGGUGCACAAUGUCGAGGUGGAGAUUGUGGAUGCGAAUGACAAUGCGCCGCAGUUCCCUAGUGACGAGUAUCAAUUGGAAAUUGCAGAAUCGGCAUUACCAGGGUCUCGUUUCCCCAUUGAGAAUGCACUGGAUCCGGAUGUGGGAUCCAAUUCCGUUCGUCUGUAUCGACUCAGCCCAAACGAACACUUCGCACUUGAUUCCAACAAGCCCUCCCUCAAUAGCAAGAACAUUGAGCUCGUGCUCAAAAAGCCCCUUGACCGUGAGCUGGCGCCUUACCACCAAUUCAUUCUGACUGCUGCAGAUGGCGGAACACCAGCAAAAACCGGUUCAGCUCUAAUUAAUGUGCGAGUCCUGGACACCAAUGACAACGUUCCUGUAUUUGACAGCUCAGUGUACAAAGUCAAAUUGUUAGAAAACUCACCAAAAGACACACUGGUCAUCAAAUUGAAUGCCACAGACCAUGAUGAGGGUACCAAUGGGGAGGUCUAUUACUCUUUCAGCAGCUACACUCCAGAGAGAGUCAGACAGAUGUUCAGCAUGGACAGCAACACGGGAGAGAUCAGAGUGAGGAGCAUUGUGGACUAUGAAGAGACCAACUCUUAUGAGAUGUAUAUUCAGGCCAUGGAUAAAGGCCCUGGUGCUGUGGCAGCCCACUGUAAGGUGGUGGUGGAGGUGGUGGAUGUGAAUGACAAUGUCCCAGAGAUAGUCCUGUCUUCUCUCUCCAGCCCAGUGAGGGAGGAUGCCCGGGCUGACACCGUGGUGGCCCUGAUCAGUGUCACAGACCGGGACUCUGGUGCCAACAAACAGGUGAACCUGGAGAUACCGCCGGGCCUGCCCUUCAAGAUCAAGUCCUUCAGAAACUACUACACCCUGGUCACCUCCGCCUUCCUGGAUCGCGAGACCACUGCUGCCUACAAUGUCACCCUUAGCGCCACUGACGGCGGCACCCCACCCCUCUCCUCCCAGAAGACCAUACAGGUGGAUGUGGCUGAUGUGAAUGACAACCCGCCGCGCUUCGAGCAGACCUCCUACACGGUCUAUGUGACUGAGAACAAUGCCCCCGGGGCCUCGCUGUGCACCGUGAAGGCCCAGGACUCCGAUGUCAACGAGAACGCACGCAUCACCUACACCGUCCUCAAUGACAACAACCACGGUAUCCCCGUCACCUCCUAUGUAUCUGUGAAGGCCGACACGGGAGAGGCAUACGCCCUGCGCGCCUUUGAUUACGAGUCACUCAGGGAGUUCCACUUCCAGGUCAAAGCUCAGGACGGGGGCAUCCCGCCCCUCAGCCGGGUGGCCACUGUCUACAUCUACAUCAUGGACCAGAACGACCACAUUCCUGAGAUUGUCAAACCUCCAGGCAACGGCACACGCUCUAUAGAGACAGUGCUGAAGAAUGCUGAGGCUGGCGUCCUGGUGACCAAGGUGGUGGCGUACGAUGCAGACGCGGGUCCCAACGCCUGGCUGAUCUAUGUGUUGGAUCAGUCCACAGACUUGGACCUGUUCAAGGUGCAUGAACACACAGGGGAGAUCCGCACCACACGCAGGGUCCUGGAGGAUAACUCCACCUCCUUCAGCCUGACUGUACUGGUGAGAGACCACGGCCAGCCUCCUCUCUCUUCCACCGCCACCGUCAAUGUGGCCGUCAUGGAGGUGCCACCCAAGGUGACCCCUGACCCCAAGAGGGUCAUCCGGCCCCACAGCACCCUGCUCUUCUCCAAUGUGACCCUCUACCUGAUCGUGGCCCUGAGCGCCACCACCUUUGUGUUCCUGGUGACCGUGGUGGUGCUGGCCAUCGUGCGCUGCCAUGCCUACUGCACCCAGCCUGGUUCCUGCUCCCCCUGCUGUGUGUCCCAGAAGACCCCCCCUGAUGGCGGGAGCAGCAGCACAGUAGGUGGUUCUGGGGGUGGAGGUGGUGGUGGGGGACAACCCAAUAACAAUGUGGCGCUGCGGAGAGACCUCAAAGUGGAGCCUCACUACAUUGAGGUGCGUGGGAAUGGCUCCAUGACCAAGACCUACUGCUACAAGACCUGCCUAACGGCCACCUCAGGAAGCGACACCUUCAUGUUCUACAACACAGGCCGGCCCAUCAGCGGCACCUGGGGUUCCGAGCGCUUCUUCACCGGCGGAAGCGGGUUUGUACGGAGACUGAGCAUGCCCGACGCUUCAUUGCAAGUCUGUCCAGAGCCGAAGGCCCCAAAUGCUGACUGGCGAUACUCCACUUCUUUGAGGGCAGGGAUGCAGAGCUCGGUCCAUAUGGAGGAGUCGUCAGUGAUGCAGGGAGCCCAGGGGAUGCUGGUCCAGAACUGGCCCACAGUGUCCAGCGCCGCAGAUGGCGAGGGCGGCGAGCUGUCCCCUCCGGUUGGAGCUGGCAUCGACAGUAACAGCUGGCACUUCCGUUACGGGCCUGGCCCAGGCUACGGCCCCCCUCAGGUUCUGAGGCCUGGAGAAAUCCCCCCCGAAGCCUUCAUCAUCCCCGGCUCCCCCGCCAUCAUCUCUAUCCGCCAGGGCCAGGGAGGAGAGGAUGACAAGAGCGACUUCAUCACCUUCGGCAAGAAGGAGGAUGCCAAGAAGAAGAAAAAGAAGAAGAAGGACAAGAAAGACAAGAAAGACAAGGGGAAGGAGGAUGUGGACGAGUAGAGGAGAAAGGGGAGAUAUGAAAACAGAGUUACCAACUAAAGUUCAAAUAACAGAUGCAAGACAAAAAUCCAAGUGUAUAUUUUAGAAGCAGGAGAGACUCCCUGUGGUGUGUUUGCAUAGUUAAGUCUGUCCAUCCAAGUCCCCAUUAGCAGAGGCCCAUCUCUAUGAAACAGCCAAUUGUAGCCUCUGCCAGGUUGGCCCUCCGAGGCUUCCAUACCUCUGGGCUAUUAAACAGGCUUCAUACGGGAUUUAAUAGGCUGUCAUUAGCAAGACAUUUGCUGAAAGAAAAUACUGUUUCUAAUCAAACAAAAAUACAUUUGAUUUGAAGAACCUUUCCACAAUGACGAUUAUGUUCAACUUUCCCUGCACCACUCUUUCAUGUAUAAAAUGCCAUAUGUGAGAGAAACCUCACACCUCAUUUUAAUGCCAUUACUAUGACUAGUGUUACAGUCCUGCCAGCCACCUCCCCAAACUGGCCUGAAAUGGGAUGCUCUUCCCUGGCCAUUCUUGCCCCAUGUUGGCAUCUCUGUCUUUACUCUGCCCCCUGUCUCCUCUGAUCUCCUGAUUGGAGGGUUAGAGGAGGAGCUCAAUCAGACAAAGAGUGAAACAAAGGCUCUCUUCUCCAAUAACAUGGAGGCCUUGUGAAAAAAAAGGAAUACACAAUAGUUAUUUUAUACAAAAUAUAAAAAAGAGAAAGUGACCCAAACAAGACACCUGACAUCUGUGUAUGUAGUGUACGGUGAGCUGUGUGAGAUUGGAAUGGGUUGAGAUUAGUGUUGGCCGAGAUUGAAGGCUGGAUUAGACUGCCCAGGUUAUUUUCAGUGCGUGCUGAAGCCGUGAUGUUUCAUGCCUGGCACUGUUGGCAGCACAGGGCAGGGGUGAAAUACCUGGCCCCAUCUCCUCACCUAGAACAGACAAUAGGUCAGUGGGACCUUGAACCCACAGUGUGCAACACACAACCACAAUAACUACCACACAUACGCUCACACUAGACAGUCAGGGCUGCCAUGCACACACCUCUCUGGAUACUAUAGAUCUCUAACCCAGCCAAAAGGCUGGGGCAUAGCAGUGGCCUCUUUGCUAUGGAUGUGUAAUAAACUCAGCAAAAAAAGAAACGUCCUCUCACUGUCAACUGCGUUUAUUUUCAGUAAACAUAACAUGUGUAAAUAUUUGUAUGAACAUGACCAGAUUCAAAAACUGAGAAAUAAGCUGAGCAAGUUACACAGACAUGUGAUUAACAGAAAUGGAAUAAUGUGUCCCUGAACAAAGGGGGGGUCAAAAUCAAAAGUAACAGUCAGUAUCUGGUGUGGCCACCAGCUGCAUUAAGUACUCCAGUGCAUCUCCUCCUCAUGAACUGCACCAGUUUUGUCAGUUUUUGCUGUGUGAUGUUACCCCACUCUUCCAGCAAGGCACCUGCAAGUUCCCAGACAUUUCUGGGGGGAAUGGCCCUCGCCCUCACCCUCCGAUCCAACAGGUCACAGACGUGCUCAAUGGGAUUGAGAUCUGGGCUAUUUGCUAGCCAUGGCAUAACACUGACAUUCCUGUCUUGCAGGAAAUCACGCACAGAACGAGCAGUAUGGCUGGUGGCAUUGUCAUGCUGGAGGUUCAUGUCAGGAUGAGCCUGCAGGAAGGGUACCACAUGAGGAAGGAGGAGGUCUUCCCUGUAACACACAGCAUUGAGAUUGCCUGCAAUGACUACAAGCUCAGUCUGAUGAUGCUGUGACACACCGCCCCAGACCAUGACGAACCCUCCACCUCCAAAUCGAUUCAGUUCCAGAGUACAAGCCUCGGUGUAACGCUCAUUCCUUCGACCAUAAACGCAAAUCCGACCAUCACCCCUGGUGAGACAAAACCUUGACUCGUCAACGAAGAACACUUUUUGCCAGUCCUGUCUGGUUCAGCGAUGGUGGGUUUGUGCCCAUAGGCGACUUUGUUGCCGGUGAUGUCUGGUGAGGACCUGUCUUACAACAGGCCAACAAGCCUUCAGUCCAACCUCUCUCAGCCUAUUGCGGACAGUCUGAGCACUGAUGGAGGGAUUCUGUGCAGGUGUUGUUACACGUAAUCUGCCACUGCGAUCAGCUGUCCCUCCUGUCUCCCAGUAGCGCUGUCUUAUGCGUCUCACAGUACGGACAUUGCACUUUAUUACCCUGGCAAAAUCUGCAGUCCUCAUGCCUCCUUGCAGCAUGCCUAAGGCACGUUCACGCAGAUGAGCAGGGAUCCUGGGCAUCUUUCUUUUUGUGUUUUCCAGAGUCAGUAGAAAGGUCUCUUUAGUGUCCUAAGUUUUCAGAACUGUGACCUUAAUUGCCUACCGUCUGUAAGCUGUUAGUGUCUUAACGACCGUUCCACGGGUCGUUCCACAUUUGACAAGCAUGGGAAACAGUGUUUAAACCCUUUACAAUGAAGAUCUGUGAAGUUGUUUGGAUUUUUACGAAUUAUCUUUGAAAGACAGGGUCCUGAAAAAGGGAUGUUUCUUUUUUUGCUGAGUUUAAAUGGCAGGAACGUUGCUUGUUGCUUCAUUUCUGUUCAAGUCUGAUCCCCCAGCUUCAGUCAUUGAAUGUUUAAUAGUCAAUGUUCAAUAGUUCUUAAAGCCCCGCCCCCUUACCUUGCCGGCAUUGGUGCUUGUCGGAUUCGCUCGCACGUCUCCUCUGUUAACCCCUCUAGCGUUACUCCUCCUUCCUCUGUUCACCAUAUCCAGGAGCCCUCUUAACUUCCGAUGACGUGUUCCUCCUUAAACACAGCAACAGUGUUAUCCUGUAUAAGACACACACACACAAAUAAAACACACACACACACAGUUUUUGUUAGCUUUAACCAAGCCUUGGUACUGAAACAACAAGGUUCCUAUCACUCCUACAAAAUUCUAGUUCAUUUUGGGGACAAGUUGCCAUCCAUUCCACUAGUUACACACAGGGUAGUGGGGGAUACAGGGUACUUUAUGGUUUGGCUUCCUUCUGUCUAGAUAGAGAGAAAAAGAGGGAUGGAAGAUGGUAGAGGGAAGGAGAGAGAAGUGGAAUUGUUGUGAUGGGCAGUCCAGUCCACAGACAUACCCCAGAGAGCUUAGUUGCUGUGUUAAACUCUUUACUCAUAUUCUGAUGAAAGUGAAACAUCAGCAGCAUUGAGUUGGGGGGGAUCUUCACUAGAAUAGAGCAUCCCCAAAAUGAACUCAAGAUGUGCAGGGGCUAAUUGCACAACAUCUCCUACUCAGCUCUCUGUUUCCUCUUCCUGGCUGCUAUCUGACCAAUCAGAGGGACAGAGGGGUGAUGCUAGCGCUGCUAUUGGACUGAAUCCCCCCAUAUUAUACACAUGCUCCCCCUUCAGGUGUGAAUCAUUGUUGUCAAAUCACUAAGGGGCUAUUUGCAUGUUAUAAGCAGAGGAAACAGAUUCUAUAUAUAGAUCUAUAAAGAUAGAUACAUUUUUUCAUUUUCUUCAACCAUUUAUCUCAAACACAGAGACAUUAAUAUUGCCUCUACUGAAAUAUACAUACUCACUCGCAAAUACACACACAUGAACACACAUACAAUACAUAUACACAUACUAUAUAUUCAUAGACAAAUCAUACAGGAAUCACUUUUGUAUCCUGUUGAAAUUAAAUUAAAAUACCUUCUAAAUAUACGUAAUGCUGUAGUGUUAUGCUAUAAAAUGCUACUUUUUGUUUAUGCCCUUAGGAUUUUUGAAGAUUACAAAAUCAAUCCUUUACGUUGUGUUAAGCUAUGAAAUUAUCAUCAAACAACCACUGUACUGAAUCAUUUAUUCACCUUCGAUAUCUAUCCCGAAACCCCUUUUAAAAAAAAUAUUAAAAAAACAUUAAACUUGAAGGAAAACAAACUCUUAAGAAAGAAAAUGGUCCAAAAAAAUGUGAAAAACGUUAUGUACUCUCUGCUUGUGUGUAGUGAAUGUUUCCUCAGACAUCUGGUGCCUGAAUGGCACUAAUCAGUUGACUGCGACAGUGCAGAUCUGUUAAUAGCUUUUUUGUACACCUGCCCAUCAGUGUAACAGUGAUUUCGUGAUUAUUCUUUUUUAUUAUUUGAUGGAUAUGGUAACAUGUUUUGUUUAUAAAUCACAAAUAAAAUGUUAUUUCUUAAAUAUCGGGAAAAGUUGUCCUUGGCCUUAAUUUCAACUAAGAAUUAGGG